ACCCUCCCUCUCACACCUUCCCUGCUCCUUCGCAGUCGCAGCGUGGCUGAUCUUCCACUCGCUCCCUCUCUCCCCGUCUCGCUCACUCACUCUCUGGACUCCAGGUCCCGGUCGGAGGACUCACGGCGGAAUUUGGAAGCGAAGAUGCGGGCUGCCGGGGCCAUGGGAGUCGGUGUGUUGUGGGCGCUACUGUCCGCUCUGGUGCCCGGCGGCGUGUCGGAGCUGGUGACGCUGGUGCAGGAGCAGAUCAAACCCGAGUCCUUCCUCCUGAAGCCGAAGGUUAUGAUUGCCAUCGUGGCUCGUAACGCAGCGCACAGCCUGCCAUACUACCUGGGCUGCAUCGAGAGGCUGGAGUACCCGAAAGACCGCAUAGCGAUCUGGGCGGCAGCGGACCAUAAUGUGGAUAACACAACUGCCAUGUUAAGAGAAUGGCUAAAGAGAGCCCAGCAUGUUUACCACUAUGUGGAGUGGAGACCAAUGGAAGAGCCGAGGUCCUACACAGAUGAAUGGGGUCCUAAACACUGGUCUCCCUCCAGAUUCAACCAUGUAAUGAAGCUAAGACAGGCUGCUCUAAAGGCAGCCCGGGAACGAUGGGCUGACUACAUACUGUUUGUAGACAGCGACAACCUGCUGACCAAUCCUCGUGUGCUGACCCUGAUGAUGGCUGAGAACUUAACCUUGGUGGCUCCCAUGUUAGAAUCUCGCUCUCUCUACUCUAACUUCUGGUGUGGCAUGACUCCACAGGGUUACUAUAAACGAACCCCAGACUACCAGCCAGUCAGGGAGUGGAAGCGGCUCGGCUGCUUCCCUGUUCCCAUGGUGCACAGCACCUUCCUACUGGACCUGCGUCGUGAAUCCAGCAGGGACCUGGCUUUCUACCCCCCUCACCCAGACUACAGCUGGGCAUUUGAUGACAUCAUGGUGUUUGCCUUCUCGGCACGUCAAGCAGGCGUGCAGAUGUAUGUGUGUAACAGAGAGCACUAUGGCUUCCUGCCUGUCCCUCUCAAGGCCCAACAAAAUGUGGAGGAUGAAAGUGAGAGUUUCAUACACACCAUCACAGAGGCUUUAAUUGACCAUGACAUCGAGCCCUCCGAGUACGUGCACUCUCCACCAUCUCAGCAGGGCAAGAUGGGCUUUGAUGAAAUUUUCCUGAUCAACCUUAAACGUCGGCUGGACAGAAGAACCAGGAUGUUGAAAACAAUGACCUCACUGGGGCUUCAUGCCACUCUGAUAGAUGCAGUGGAUGGAAAGGCUUUGAAUACAUCCCAGCUGCAGGCACUGGGAAUAGAGAUGUUGCCGGGCUAUAAGGACCCAUACUCUGGUCGAGUACUGACCCGAGGGGAGAUUGGCUGCUUCCUCAGCCACCAUUCUAUAUGGACACAGGUGAUAGAGCAUGACCUCCAGAAGGUUCUUGUUUUAGAGGAUGAUGUGAGGUUCGAGCCGAGAUUUAAGCGACGCCUUCAGGCCAUAAUGGAUGACGUAGACAAAGCCCAGCUGGACUGGGACCUAAUUUACGUGGGGCGUAAACGCAUGCAGGUGCAGCAACCGGAGCAGUCGGUGGAGGGUAUAAACAACCUGGUCGAGGCCGACUACUCCUACUGGACGCUUGGCUAUGCACUGUCGCAUCAAGGGGCCAGAAAGCUGCUGGCUGCACAGCCUUUCCCAAAGAUGCUCCCCGUCGAUGAGUUCCUGCCCAUCAUGUUUAACAAACACCCCAAUGUUGAGUACAUGUCUCAUUUUGAGCCCCGAGACCUGAAGGCCUUCUCUGUGGAGCCAAUGCUCAUCUAUCCCACACACUACACCGGAGAGCCGGGGUACAUCAGCGACACUGAGACCUCCACCAUUUGGGAUGAUGAAGCCGUGGCAACUGACUGGGACCGGCAGCACGCCCGCAAAACAGCCCAGCAGGGUCGCAUCAGACCGGUGGCACAAAACAGCGUCACCGGAGACUCGCCGCCCCCUGCAGCUCGAGCAUCACGUGAUGAACUGUGAUGUGGAAACUCAAAGAGAAAGACUUGUGUUUAGAACUAUAUUGUGUCCACACCGUGAAUGCCAUGUGUACACACACUUGAAAAGACACUACAAGCAGACACACUGUACAUGCAUAACACAGGUGUCCAAAUGGAUAAAAGCAGUAUUGAGAUGUCAGUCUAGUCUGCUGCUUGAGGAGGGGCACACAGAGAAGACGAUGGGAUGAAGAAACUGGGACGAGGGCCAAUGGGCGUUUGACAAAAGCUUUAUUUAUUUCCCACGUGCCUCCUCUGGGCAUGUGGAGACAGUUACGGCCUGAAAAAAAAUUUAAGCAACACAUGGAAGACAGCUAGCAUCGUUUCCAGGAUGUGAAAAAAAAAAUCACAAUUUAAGAUUAUACUGUUUGAAAUGAUUACUUUUAUUCAAACAAAACAGAUGCGUUUUUAAUGAACAGCUGAAGAAUAAAGGAAACCUAAAGCCCUCUUAAAACAACUC